AUGUUAAAACUUCAGACAUACUUUAUUCUGGCUGUUGCCGCUAUGUCUUGCACUGCUCAAGACUUAACUGCAACGCUAAACUGUGGUUCACCACCCCAGCCGAUUGAUGAUAAUGCUUGCCAAACGGCUUUAACACAGCUUGCACCGUAUGUAAAAAAUAACAACCUCGUUCGCGAUGAAUCAGCAUUUCAAGUGUCUUGCGCAGGCUGUAAGCUUACUAUUGGAACAUCAAAUGGUGGAAACCUGAAUGUUCUCUAUGAAAAAGUUCAAUUAGGACUGAACAAUCUCCUGGCGGCAUGCCCACAAAAAGGUGCCUCUCUUGGCAUGUCAGCUGGCUCUACCAACACCAACCCAAACACCGAUACAGGUGCUACGUUGACUAUCAGCUAUCCUACUACAAAUCCAGAUGGCUGUUCAAUCAUUUAG